AUGUUUACCUCUUCUCCCUGUGAAAUAUUGUACAUUCCAAUUUCAUUUUUUUUACUCGUCAUCAGAGAAACUUUUCACUCACAUCAAACACAGUUACACAGAGACACACACACCUAUAUAUACUAGCUCUUUCUUGUCACCAGAGAUAAAUUUUUCAGUCACAUCAAAAACAGUUACACAGAGACACAGACCCACAUAUACUAGCUCUUUCUUUUGAUAAGGCGUAUGCGAUGAGAAAUGGAGCGGGAGAAUGUUCAUGUUGUGAUGGUACCCUGGUUGGCCUUUGGGCACAUGAUCCCUUUCUUUGAGCUAUCCAAAGCCUUAGCUCAAAAGGGCAUUACAGUCUCCUUCAUUUCCACUCCUAGGAACCUUCAAAGAUUGCCUCCAACUCCACCAGAAUUAGCACCCCAGAUAAAUUUAGUGGGGUUCCCCCUACCCUCAGUAGAAGGCCUCCCAAAAAAUGCAGAGGCCACCACAGACAUCCCUUUAAAGAAGGUGCCCUACCUCAAGAAAGCCUAUGAUGGCCUCCGAGCACCCUUUGAGGAGCUCGUUGCCAAGGUCUCUCCAGACUGGAUUGUAGUGGACUUCGCACCAUAUUGGGCAACUUCCAUUGCUUCCAAAUAUGGGGUCCCCUGUUGCUGGUUUAAUGCUGUCUCGACGGCUUUCACUGUCUUUCUUGGUCCUCCCCACUCUUUGAAAGGUCUCUGUAGAACGACGACUGUCGACGAAUUAAUGGUGGUACCCGAGUGGAUCACCUUCCCUUCAACUAUCGCUUUCAGGCGCCAUGAAGCUCAAGCUUUUCUUCAACAAGUCCUCACAAACCUUCACAAUGGAUCAGGUGUCUCUGACUGGUACCGUGUACAGUCCAUCCUAGAAGGUUGUAGAGUUGUGGCCUUUCGAACAGGUAAGGAGUUCGACGGAGACUAUAUCGAUCUUUUCGAGAAGCUCUAUGAAAAAUCUGUAUUCCCUCUAGGCUUUCUCCCCCCUUCACAAGCAGAGAGAGAAGGCAACGACAAUAGCUGGAUUGAUGAGAACAAGUGGUCCACAGCAUUUGAGUGGCUAGAUGCCCAGCCCCUCAGGUCAGUUGUGUUUGUUGGGUUUGGGAGUGAGUGUAGACUGAGUAUAGAACAAGUGCAUGAGAUAGCCUACGGUCUAGAGCUCUCUAAGCUGCCAUUUGUUUGGGCCCUUAGGAAGCCCUUCGAGACCCACGAUGGCUUAGAGAUCUUACCAAAAGGAUUCGAAGGUCGAACUGAGAGGCAAGGGAUCAUCUGCAUCGGUUGGGCUCCGCAACAGAGGAUCUUCGCCCACCCCUCAAUUGGGGGGUGCCUAUUUCACUCUGGGUGGGGGUCUAUCAUAGAGGCCCUAAGUCAUGGCCUUGCUUUGAUCCUUCUCCCUUUCAUUAUAGACCAAGGGAUCAAUGCUAGGCUCUUGGGAGAGAAGAAGCUGGGCUUUGAGGUAGAGCGCAAUGAAGAUGAUGGGAGUUUCACUAAGGUUUCAAUUGCCAAGGCCUUGAGGUUUGUUAUGGUGGAAGAGGAAGGGGAACCCCUUAGGGUCAAGGCAAGAGAGAUGAAGCCAAUUUUUGGUAAUAAGGAGCUUAGUGACAUGUACCUGGAUGGGUUUGCCAAUUUUCUCAAGAACAAUAAAUAGAAUAGUUUCCUCUA